AUGCUCGUUCUCCCCCUCUUAUCCGUCACUUUUGUUGCCGUUGCUUCAGCCCACACCGCUCACGACUCUCAUGCCCGCCGUUCCCGUCAAGCUCAAGCAGCAAGGUUCCGCCAACGAGCUGAUGCACAUGCCAGAGAUGAGGGUUUUAGUCUGCCGUCACUCCCAGGCAACCCGUUCGCAACGCCCUCUGAAUCUGCGGGCCCUUCGGGUAGUGACGCUGGCUCGUCGGUGUCGAUAAGCUUGCCGGGCGCAACGUCAACCAAGUUGGAACCCAGCGGCAGUGCUUCUGAGCCUGCCUCAGUCUCCUCGACACCCGUCAGCGAUUCUGCGUCUGCUUCAAUCACGCAGCCACCACAACAAUCCAGCGAGCCAGUGUCCAGCGAACCGGUAUCCAGUCAACCCGCUGCCUCUAACACGGACAUCUUCAGCGCCCUGUCUAGUCUUUUGUCGAGUGUCUUGUCGCCUCCUCCCUCCGAGAGCGCCAUCUUCAGCUCAACGGCCAUCUUUAGCGCCAGCCAGACUAUUACAGACCCUCCGCCAAGUGCCUCAGGGUCUGCUUCAGCGUCGGACCCUGGACUGAGUAUACCGCUUUCGAUCCCAAGCAGUAUACCUCUUUCCAUUUCGACCACGGAUGUCAGUUCUGCUCCCGUCAGCGUCAGUUCUACUCCCGUCUCUGUCUCCCAGUCGGACAACUUCCCUCCCAGCUCCUCUAUCCCUGGAGGACCGAGCAGUUCAGUACCCGACAAUGGUGGACCAAGUAGCUCCAUUCCUGACAACGGCGGUCCUAGCUCGAGUGUUGUUAUAAGCAGCUCCAGCGCAGUUGAAUUCCCCAACGGACCAAGCAGCUCUGUUUCUGUAUCCGUCUCGACGAGUACUACCGUCAGUGUCUCAGUGUCGACCACCACCACUGUGUCGGUUCAGUCUGACCUGACCUUCAUCCUCACCGAGUCUUCGCUGGCGCUUGCGUCUGUGGCUACUACAACGAGUCUUUCGCUGUCUAACCCUGAUGCUCCUACCACGACAAUCUCCUUUACGGCAUCGGCUCAGACAGCCUUGACAACUGCCCCGCUUCCCAGUGGUCUCCCAUCGCGUAUUUACCCUCCAAAUGGGCCGCCCCAGAACCCAGGAGUCGGUAACUACUCGUUCAUCAGCUUGCUUUUCGACAACUUCUUGGGUUGGGAGUUUGUUUGCACCAACAGCAUCUCCAGCACACAAAUUUUCGCAAUGAUGCCUGUCAUUUUGGCCACCUCUCUUGGGAUUCCUACUACCGAUGUUCACACAUUUGCGUUGCAAGUCCGGGUUCCAGAAUCGUACCAAGGCUCGGCGGAUGCAGACCAAUUGCAAACCAUCUUCCUUGCAUAUAUCCCGACAGAUUCCCUCGACAAUCUUGCUCUUCAGCUGAAGUCGCGCAACUCGUUGUUCUACACCGGUCUUCCUGGAAAUGCUGUCGCCACUCAACUGGCUCAGCAUAUCGUUUCUGCCUUUGCUCUCAACUCCGUGGCCGAUCCUGAUACAACUACCAAGAAGAAUGGAGCCAGUGCUAAUCACCUAAAUGGCGCGGUGUCUCAGAGCAAAACACGACAAGAUGCGAUUAUUGGUGUUGUUUCGACUUUGGGUGCCAUUGCAGUACUAGUACUCGUCUUCCUCGCCUACCGCGCCUUCAAACGGCGUGCGGAGCUUGCUCAUCAUCGACUGUCAGACCCACCAGAUGUCGCAGGAAUUCCUCCUACAGGUCGUGAUUUCGACCAAGACAGCGUUGGUGGUCAACGGAGACGCAGCUUCUACUUCGCGGAAGAUUCCUUGCGCGGCUUUGGAGGUGAUCGUCAAGAUGAUAUGGCUUACGACAGUCGUGGCGCUGGAAUGACGCAACGGAGGAAUGUUAUGCCUGCAGCGAUUUCGGCACCGAUACUGCAACAAAGCAGCAUGAACUGGUGA